AUGUCUAUCGAUCUGGUUGGAGGUAGUCUGCCUGCCGGAGAGUUGCCAAUCAAUUGCUUGAUUCGUGAGUCCCACGAAGAAUCGGGCUUGUCCUCUGAGGUGGUCAGCAAACUUGCAAAGCCGGUUGGUACCAUCAGCUACGUCACUUCUUCCGACACCAAGACCACCAGUGGCGGAGAGUCUGGACUUAUUCGUGCAGAAGUACAAUUCAUUUACGAUAUGAAAGUUGGUCCAGAAAUUGUGCCGAUGCCCUACGACAUGGAAGCCUCGUCUAUUGAUCUAUUCACUAUUGAUGAGAUCAAGAACGCGUUAGAUGAUGGCGAGUUUACACCUGCUAAUGCAUGUCUCAUGCUGGAUUUCUUUAUUCGCCAUGGUCUGACGACUUUUGAGAACGAGGAGAACUAUACGCAGAUCAUAAGCCGAUUGCAUCGGUCUUCGGGAAUGCAGACCUUUUGA